CGCCUGCGUCCCGCCCGCGUCACCACCAUGCCCAGGAGAAAGGCUGAAGGGGAUGCUAAAGGUGAUAAAGCCAAGGUGGAGGUUGAACCACAGAGAAGAUCUGCAAGGUUGUCUGCUAAACCAGCUCCUCCAAAGCCAGAGCCCAAGCCUAAAAAGGCCCCUGCAAAGAAGGGAGAGAAGGUACCCAAGGGGAAAAAGGGAAAAGCUGAUGCUGGCAAGGAUGGGAAUAACCCUGCAGAAAACGGAGAUGCCAAACAGACCAGGCACAAAAAGCUGAAGGUGCUGGAGAUGCCAAGUGAAGUGUGUGCAUUUUUGAUCACUGUGUACUUCUGGUGACUGUACAGUUUGAA